AUGGCCGCAACGAAGAGACAUGCUCUCGUAUUCGGGGCGUCUGGGGUGACAGGAUGGGCAGUGGUGAAGGAGCUUCUGCUUGACUACCCAGAGGCUGGGACAUGGAAUAAGGUGACUGCCUUGACCAACAGGCCUCUGAGUCUCGAGGUUUCCCAGUGGCCGACGACGGGGAACUUGAGCAUCGUGUCGGGCUUGAAUCUGCUCGAGCCAUCUCAGGAGGUCUUCAAUGGGACUGUUAGGAAAGAGAUCUCUGAUAUAGACACGGUCACCCAUGUCUUUUACUAUGCCUACAAAGCCAAUCCGAAUUUCCAGCAGGAGAAAAAGGACGCCGUUGAUAUGCUGGUGCGGGCAAUCACUGCCGUGGAUCAACUCUCGCCGGUUCUUCAAUUCGUGGCUUUCCAGACGGGUGCAAAGGCAAGCUACUCUCUUCCAUGUUACCGAGAGGAUCAUUAUCACCCAGUACCACUUAAAGAGUCGCUGCCCAGGUUAAAGCCACCCUUCAGUGAUCAGCUCUUUUACCAUGCCCAACUGGAAUGGUUAGAAUCUUAUGCCAAAGGCAAAUCAUGGACCUGGUGCGAAACCAGGCCAGAUAUCGUGGUGGGAUUCGCUCCAAACCACUCUGCUUACUCUCUUGCCGCGUCUUUGGCCAUCUACUUCUCCCUUUGGAGAGAAAUCAAUGGCCCAGGUAGCGUAGUCCCAUUCCCUGGAACGAUGAAGAGCUGGAAGGCAAAGCACAAUGACGCCGGCAGUGUGGCGAUUGCCAAAUCAACCAUAUUUCUAUCGUUGCAUCCUGAAAUCAGCGGAAAUGGUGAAGCUUUCAACGUGGCGUCCUCCGCCAAAUAUGCAACGUGGGAGGAUAAGUGGCCUCUGCUGUGUGAAUACUUCGGCCUCAAGUCAGGGCCGCCAAUUGACCCGUCCAAAGAGGUUCGAGCGUACAUCAAUGACAACAUUGGGCGCUGGAAGGAGAUGGAGCAAAAGAACAAGCUCCGAGAGGAUAUUGCUCAGUCAGGAAUCACAAUGCCAGGAUUUGAGAUUCUCCAUCUAACGCUGGCCGAUUUCGAUCGCCAGUAUGAUAUGAGCAAAAUCUACAAUGCCGGGUUCAAGGAAGAUUACUCAGUCAUGGAGAUCUGGGGAACGACCUGGGAUGAAAUGAGGAAGGCCAAAAUGAUACCGUGA